CCUUACAUGUUCCAAUUCAGUAGUAGAUAUUUUGAUAAUCUGUAUUGGAUACUGCUCAAAUUUUAUUGCUUCUUAUCUGUCAGUCAUGGGCAAUAACUCUGCAAAACUGGCAACUUCUGUUCAUGACUUCAGUGUCAAGGAUAUCAGGGGUAAUGAUGUGAGUCUCAGCACUUACAAGGGCAAAGUUUUACUCAUAGUGAAUGUUGCAUCUCAGUGUGGGUUGACUACCUCUAACUAUCAGGAGAUGACUGAACUGUAUAACAAGUUCAAGGAACAAGGGUUUGAAAUUUUGGCCUUCCCAUGUAAUCAGUUUGCUGCACAAGAACCAGGUAGUAACGAAGAGAUUGCAGAAAUUGCAUGCACUCGCUUUAAGGCCAACUUUCCUAUAUUUGAUAAGGUCGAUGUGAAUGGUGAUGAUGCAGCACCUGUCUACAAGUUCUUAAAAUCAACCAGAGGUGGUAUUUUUGAAGAGGACAUAAAAUGGAACUUCUCCAAGUUUUUGAUUGAUAAAGAUGGAAAUUUAUUUGAUAGAUAUGCGCCAACUAUUUCUCCAUUGAAUAUUGAGAAAGACAUCAAGAAGCUGUUGGGAGUUGAUUAAUGGUGCUGGGAUAUAAUAUUAAAAUCUUUUUGAUGAAAUCACUGUUGAGAUAAAAAAGUGGCAUUGAUUCACUGAGAUGUAAUUCAGGUGCAGGCAUUUGUUGAAGUUGAUUAGGUGCAUAAUGUUGAAAAACCCAUUAUAAUUGAAUCUAAUAACAUUUUUAUGGUUUGA